GGAGUAAGGCCAAGAAGGAAGAGGAGGAGGAGGAGGGCAGCGAGGGGUCGGCGUUCAGCAUGGGGGAUGCGGAGGAGGAGGAGGGGUCCAGCGGGGGGGAGUCACUAGAGGUGGAGGAGGAGGAGGAGGGCAGCCAGCAGGAGGAGGAGGAAGAGGAGGGCAGCGACUUGAUGAUGGAUGAGGAUGAAGGAGGCGGCGGAGGAGGAAGCGCGUCAAAACGCGGCCGGGGCGGCCGAAACGGCGGCCGCAGCAGCAGCGCUGCUCGCGGCUCUGGCGGCGCCCGUGCCGCUGCUGCUGCUGCGGGUUCUGCUGUCGCCCGCGCGCGCAAGGUGUCCCCCAAGGAGGAGGAGGAGGCCGCUGCCGCCGCCGCCGCGCCUGCCAUCUCCGCCGCCACCCCCGCGUUAUUCGCGCCGCUGGCCCCCGCGGCGGCCAACUUGGAGGACCCGGUGGCGCUGGUGAAGGCGGGGCCGGGCAUGAUAUUCAAGCGCUUCCUGAGCCUGCGCGCCCGCACCGACCCCUCCCAGCUGCCCUCCUACGGCCGGCGCGAGCGCAUGCGCGGCCCCGACCUGGCCGCAUUCGUGCAGGCGUUUGGGGAGUUCAUGCAGGCGUUUGGGGCGCUGCUGCCGCAGGGGGCAGACAAGAAGCUCAAGGCCUCCACCAAGUGUAACAUCCGGCGACUGGUGAUCCAGUCCGCUGGCGUGCACAGCACAUCGGGGCCGGGGGCGGCUGCGCUGCUGGGGGGAGCGGCAGCAGCGGGCGGGGCGGCGGCGGGGGCGCCAG